AUGAGGUGUUCCCGAACCGCCGAGCCAGCAGCGACAAAAAAAACCCACGACCACGAACUGCCAGAACUUCCCCCGAUCCCCGCCGACGGCCGCACCCACCUCUUCCCACCAGCCUCCGCCAGCGCCGGCGACGCGACCGCCGCCCACCCGCAGUAUGUCGCACCGCCGCCACACCACCCCCGCCUCCAGCUCGGCGUAUUGCUGCUGGAGCUGGUGUCCAUGCAACAGCGUGCGUCAGGGACUCCUUCCUCGUUGACACAGACGGAGGAGCGCACAACCUUGGCGCUGCAGAGCAUUAUACGUUGUUGUAAAGUUGGCUCACUUAUAUUUGGAAUAAGGAAAAACGGCUGAAGGUCAAAAGAAAUUUUUCGAGAAGGUCAAAAGUAUGUUAAAGUAUAUUUUCUGGAACACCAACACUCUCUCGACAUCAAUGUUGGCAAGUUUUUGCACUUGCGUUCUGCAGAACAAAAGAAAAGUUGUGGCUUUGUUGUUCCAUGCCGAAUUAUUAAGCUAAUUGAUGGACGCAAUGUGCCGAGAACAAAAUUUGAAGAAAUUAACUGAAGAUCGCGUUGACUCUUAAUGGAUCCAUGUAUGCGUGUGCGCCACCGAAGUUCAACUAUGGACUGGAGAGCCGGAGGAGAUGGCGAGCGUCAGCGUGAUGGAGGAUUGUGGGCCAACUCAAAUGCCAUGCACGGUCUUGCGUUAGUGUGCUUUGGUGUGUGCGUUCUUAGUGUGGUGUGACCGCUUGAGUGUGUGUUUGUGUGUGCAUUAUAGCAAGCGUACUUGCUGUGUGGUGUACCCCUUGUGUCCUUGCUGGGUGUGUGAUCCCACGUGUGUGAUUUUAAAUAGAAACUUUGUCCUUGAAAAAAAGCAGAAAUUUUAAAA